UCCCUUCCUACCAGGAAAACGCUGGAGGAGACCCACAGUGCCACACAGCCGCGCACUGCAGAGGAGAGAGCAGGACACAAACACCGCCGAGGAACAUGUCAGCUUUCUCACGCACCAAGGGACGCUUACACCGCCGGCGCAGCGCAGUCAAUGCACACACACCGCCUCUGCUUUAGUUCAGCAGACAUACAUCGCCCUGCUUACCACUUAUGCGCUGGUGAAAUCUUCCUCCAAGCUGCUUCUGGUCCAUCCCCUCCUCCCCUCUCUCCCUCCCUCCUCCUCCUCCUCCUCCUCCUGCUCUCCGCCGUCCCGUCGCCAGGAUGGACAAGACGCUCUGCAGUCCGCAUCCCGGGACCAACAAAACAAACUCUACCACGUCGGACCGCGGGAACUCAUCGACGAGGAAGCCCGGCAGGAGCGGGUCGCACAGCCCCGGCUCCGGCUCCCUGGGCGGCCCGGCUGGAGCGGGAGGCAGCCGGGGAGCUGUGCUGGGGAACAGCAUGAUUCUGCAGCAGCAGCAGGCGCGCAAGAGGCAGCUGGAAGGAGUGCUGAGCAAAUACACCAACCUGAUCCAAGGCUGGCAGAACAGGUACUUUGUGUUGGAUCCAGAGUUGGGGCAGCUGCACUACUUUGUCAACGAGCAGGGGAAGAGCCAGAAGCCCCGUGGGUCCCUGCCCUUGAUCGGUGCCUCUGUAACCCCGAGCGACGAGGCUCCGCACAUGUUCAUUGUAAACUCUGUCAAUGGAGAGCUGUACAAACUCAGAGCCUCCGAUGGCAAGGAGCAGCAGUUUUGGAUGAGUCAGCUCCAAGCGUGUGCCAGACGCCACUCUGACAGCAGUGCCAAGGUGAGAAAGCUGAAGGGCUCUGAUGAACACUUGAGUGUGGAAAGAGCAGGAGGAGGCCAGGAGGUGCUGGGCUCCUCAUCCUCUGGUCGGACCCGUAGCUUCUCCCUCCUCCCCCACCUAACCCCAUCUUCAUCCCCGGGUUCUCAGAGGCACCUGAGCCACACGGCCUCACCCAGCAACAUCGUCACCAUCACCCACCACAAAUCCCCGGGUGCAGCUCGGCGGGCCAAGAGUCAGUACCAAGGACGACUGCUGGAGGUCAAAGAGGUGAUGUCCCAAGCAGAGGGCCAACAGAAGAACCUGGUCCAGUCCAUUGACUCUCUACCUACCAGAGGCCCUCUCUCCUGUCUGGACCAGGACCUGCUGCUGCUCAAAGCCACGUCGGCCGCCACACUCAGCUGCCUGGGAGAGUGCCUGAACAUCCUCCAACAGACCCAGAGCCACAGCCAGGCACCACCUCAAUCCCAGACCUCAGAGCGCAAUCACGCUGCCCACGGAGCCCCCUCCGAUGGUGUUCCUGUGUGGACUGUACCAAAGUCGCCCUCAGGGGAGCUGUUGAAGAACGGAGGUCUGACUCCUCUACGAUCAGCCGAGCCCUCCCCGGCUCUCAGGAAAAGGAGUCUGUCCCAUGGUGCUGAGCACCACACCGGGCUGGAAAGCAUCAGCCCCACUGAAGAGGUGACAGAUACGGAGGAUAAUGAAGAGGAGGACCUGGGUGUCCUGGACGACCAGCGGAGCAUCAUUCUCCACCUGCUCUCCCAGCUCAAACUUGGCAUGGACCUCACACGGGUGGUGCUGCCUACCUUCAUUCUGGAAAAGCGAUCACUAUUGGAGAUGUACGCCAACUUCAUGGCCCACCCUGACAUGUUCCUGUCAAUCACAGCAGGGGCCACAGCCGAGGACCGAAUAGUCCGUUUUGUCGAGUACUACCUGACAGCCUUUCACGAGGGGCGGAAAGGUGCCGUGGCCAAGAAGCCCUACAACCCCGUGCUGGGGGAGACCUUCCACUGUUCCUGGGAAGUGCCUCGGGAAAAAGUCAAACCAUUGGUCAGAUCGAACCAGGGGUCUUCUUGGGAGCCAAGCAGGGGUCCCAACAACACACAGCAGGUUGACGAUUCACCGGGAGAAUGCUACAGAGUCCGAUUUGUGGCGGAGCAGGUGUCCCAUCAUCCACCAGUGUCAGGGUUUUACUGUGAGUGCCGGGAGAGGAGGAUGUGUGUCAACGCCCAUGUAUGGACCAAGAGCAAGUUCAUGGGAAUGUCUAUAGGAGUGUCCAUGGUGGGAGAAGGGGUCCUUUGUCUCCUGGAGCAUGACGAGGAGUACGUCUUCACAUUGCCCUGUGCCUACGCCCGCUCCAUCCUCACCGUGCCCUGGGUGGAGCUGGGGGGCAAAGUCUCCAUCAAUUGUGUCAAGAGCGGCUACUCCGCCACUGUCACCUUUCACACCAAGCCUUUCUAUGGAGGGAAGGUACACAGAGUGACAGCAGAGGUCAAACACAACCCGACCAACACCAUCGUGUGCAAAGCGCAGGGCGAGUGGAACGGUACACUGGAGUUCACCUACAGCAGCGGGGAAACCAAAGUGAUUGACACGGCCAAACUUCCAGUCACCAGGAAGAAGCUGCGGCCUGUGGAAAGGCAGGGGAGGACAGAAUCCAGGCGGUUAUGGCAACAUGUCACCAAGUCGCUGAAGGACGGGAACAUUGACGGGGCCACGGAGCACAAACACAGGCUGGAGGAGCGACAGAGAGGGGAGGAGAGGCAGAGAGCAGCUGAUAACAAACCCUGGACACCCAAAUACUUCACUAAAGAGGGAGAAGGUUGGAUCUACAACAACCCACUGUGGAAGUCGACCUGACAGCAGAACAACACUCUCUUCUCGUGGACAAUAACUCCUCUGGCCUCUCCGCAGCGAGGCCAGAGGUUCGGGGACUCAAGCGAAGGGACCUCCAGAGACCUUCUAGACCUGAGCUAUAGACUCCCAGAGUGACAAACAAACAGGAAACAAGCAAGGUGCCAAAGGGAUCUCCACUGUUAUAACCAAGAUGGUGGUUGGAGCUCUUGGGACAAAAGUACAUUUUUAUAUACAGUUAAUAGUAUUACUAUUCAAAGUAGAGUAUUUCUAUUUUUCACCUUGCCAAGGCCUUUUUUGCACACGCACAGUAAUGAAGUUUGCCACUGGUGUUUUGCUUUGGGUUUUUUUUUUUUUUUUAAAUGAUCAAUAUGUUUUCUAAGACAUUGUCAAUGUUUGGUUCCAAGCUUUUAGUUUGUAAUGCAGCAUUAGAAUGAAUCGAUACGAGUCCCCUGAUACAAAUAAUACUGUAGCUGUAAAUUAGCUGUUUAUAAAAAGCACUUUUACCAUAGAAAUAAAUUUCAUAUUUUAUAUCAUACAGCUUUUACCAAUCAGGGUGGUCUCUUAGAGCUUUACGGGAAAUAAGAACACCUAAUCAGAUUUUAAAGGAGAUAUAAAUCAAGAGGUAAAACAAAUAAAUGUACUACAUUAUGAUUAUGUGUUAUAUAUUAUUAUACAGUACAUUACAGUGAGCUACUAGAAAGUAGAGGUCCUGAUUGUUUUGUCUGCACUAUGAAUGUAUUUGGGCACAUUUUAUUAAUGCUAUGUUUCCACCUUGUACUGUUCGCUACGACACAUGCUUUUUGUGUUUUACCUUUUUAUUUUGCCACGUUGCUCCAUUUACAGUAUUUCACCUGCUGAGUGAGAUGCAUCUGCAUAAACAGACAUUUCCAUUACUACCUCUCUUAUUCAGCUAAACCAGCCAUUAACCACUUUCUCUUCCAAAACAAAACACUCCUGGGAAUCUUUUUUUUUGUAUCUGUGCCCCUGAGAUGGCACUUGUGUAAUUAGGCAGCCGCUACUUACCCAGCCUGUGCCUCCUGAAGUUAAUACUCCUUAGGUCACCCGUGGUGAUGAAUAUGGAUGAGCAGGCUUGCAGAAACACACAACCAUGUUUUCACAUCUGGGGUCACUGGGAGGUUGCUUCUGUGAAGAUGAGAGGAUAAUCUACCAGAAUAACAAAUCACUGGGAAGUGGGGUAACCGGCCUGUUGGAUAGGAGAGUAAAUAUAUUGGGUCAUACUACUGUGGUUCUAUUAUUUGACAAACUGUGCGGCCAAUUUUCAGUGAAUGGCUUUUCCAAAUAAAAGAAAAGCAGAAAAUGAAUAUGAGCAAUUGAUAGUAUAUUCACUUCAUGGUGUUCUUCACUGAAAAUGUAUUUCUAACGGCCUUAUUUUUUGUCAUGAAAGGACAUAAACUCCUCACUGCUUGCUCUUUCAGUUGUUCCGGCACUUAAAAAGGUUCAAAUCGUAUUAGUAUUUUCAGCCAGAUGCCUAUUUGUAGCUUAUGCCAUGACAGUAUAGAGAACAAACACACAACCAUCUACAGCAAACCACUGUUCAUUACUGUUUUAUGACACCCGCCUUACAUGAAACUAACAAGCAGUUUUAGUUUUUAUAUCCAAAUGGAUCCAGACUCACUGACGUAGAUAGUGACUGUGGAUAAAGGAGGGAUUGUUCAUUAAUAAAGAACUUCUACCUUUUUUUUUUAAACUGAACAUGUCUUCUCAUGCUGUCCUGAAUGUACCUCUGUUAUAAUGUCCUGCAUUCGAGUUAUUAAGCAUAAAACGUAUACCGCUACUCCUCAUUCACUCCACGGUAGAGGACCUACACAACGGCCAAAGCAGGUUCUGUUUGAGAUUAUGUUCUAAUAAAUGUGCCAUGGCAAUCAUGGACUCUUUAA